AGAAGAAGAAGAAGAGGAAGAAGAAGGAGCCGGUUUUGUUACGUCAUCACCAACGGACGAUAAUCGAGGUACAGGAGUUUUCUUUUCGUUCAUGUUGUGAGCACGCUGAACACAGCAGCAGAUACAACAGCAUGGAUUUGUGGUACGGUCCGCUGGGCUUGGGUGUAGCAGCAGGGCUGGGCUGUGGGCUCUUGCUCGGCUGGCACCUUCAGACCCGCUUCGGUCCUUCGCCCAAAAGCCAGGCGACGCCGAUGGGAAACGGCGCCGACACGACAAGCGUGAUGGGAGAAAGUGGUGAAUUCAAGAUGAUUCUGGUGGUGCGAAAUGACCUGAAGAUGGGCAAGGGGAAGGUCGCCGCCCAGUGCUCCCAUGCUGCCGUAUCCGCCUACAAGCAGGUCCAGCGCAGGGACCCCCAGAUGCUCAAACAGUGGGAGUACUGCGGCCAACCCAAGGUGGUGGUGAAAGCCCCCGACGAGAACACCCUGAUAGAACUUCUGGGUCACGCCAAAGAAGCGGGGCUUCACGUCAGCCUGAUCCAAGAUGCAGGAAGGACACAAAUUGCACCGGGGUCGCGCACUGUGCUGGGCAUCGGCCCCGGCCCAGCUGAUCUGAUUGACAAAGUCACCGGAGACUUGAAGCUCUACUAGACUUCCAGCUUGCAUCUGUAGGACUUGCACCUAGUUUCCCGUUUCUUAAAGCUAGUUUCAAUGUAAAACAGUCUGAGCCCCAUGUUUAUAUUUUUAUACAACACCUCCCUCAGUUCAGGGCACUUACUCCUGUCACAGCAGCAAUGACAAUUUGGUGUGUUUCUUAACAGACUGAUGAAUAAAAAGUGAACCAUUCUCAUGCA